CGUACGGCUGUCAAGCAAUGAAUGCAGGCAGUUAACCAAUGAUCUAGAGGAAAUUGCGAAUCAUAAUCCGUACAAAAACGAGCUUUAUAUUGCAAGCUAUAUUUUUAAAUCUAUCAACAUAAAGCUAACUACGACGUUCAAUGCUGCUCAUAUGAAACACCAAUUUCCAAUUGAAGACGUGGAUUUUUUUAACACAAAUUAUGCAAUACGGCAGAUUAAUCAGUGGGCCAAGCAGAAGACUCGUGGCCACAUCUCAGGGAUUGUAUCGGACGACCUAUCUAAGGACACGGCAAUUCUGCUAUUGAACGCAAUGUACUUCAAAGGCAGCUGGCGGUAUAGAUUCAACGAAACAGACACUGACUUGAACGGACAAUUUGAGGUUACAACAGGACGCACGAUUGCAGUACAAAUGAUGGCUCAGUCAAACAACUUAAACCACGGAGAUAUUAUUUUCAAUAAAGCCCAACAAUUGGGGCUUCGAUGGGUUGAAUUACCGUACGAAGGCAACGAAUUAGCAAUAAUUGUGAUGUUACCAACAGUACAUCACCAACUAGAUGAAAUGCUGAAGCAGCUAACCCUGGAUAGCUUGCAGAAAAUGUUCAGCACAAUCGAGCAAAAUUACAACCCGAACGAAGUUCACUUGAAGCUGCCCAAGUUUUCCAUCAAAAGCACGGUGGCACUGAAUGAACCCCUAAAAAUGCUCAGCGUCAAACGAAUUUUCGGGAGUGAUUCACACCCUUCGAGGAUGACCACAAUCCCAACCAGAGUGGACGAUGUGAAGCAGGAGCUAUCUUUCAGUGUGGAUGAGAACGGUUCAAUUGGAACGGCUGUUUCUAAAAUCACGGUGUUUCCGUUAAGUGCGAAACCAUUCCCGGACAUACAUUUUACAUGCAAUCAACCAUUUGCUGUAUUCGUGGUUGACAAAGUCAACCGAAUUCCAUUGUUUGUGGCCAGGAUCCGACUGCCGUCCACUUCCUAACAUCGUUUGAUUUCAACUAAGAUUUCAAAGGGGAAGGUUUUUUUUUGGCCUUAUAUGUAUUUGACAAACUUUCACUCGGAAUAAAAAAUUA